UUCCUGUUGUUUCCCUCGGGUCUCACUCCCUAGCAGCUGCCGCUCCGUCGCCGUGGCAAUGUUCCGCCGCAGGAAAAAGAAGCACCGGCUGGAGAUCUCGGCGCCAAAGGACUUUCAGCACCGCGUCCACACGUCGUUCGACACCUCCACGGGCCAGUACGUUGGCCUGCCGCCCCAGUGGCAGAGCGUCAUCGAAACGCUGAAGAGGCCACGCCCCCUCGUGGACCCCUCCAGGAUCACCAACAUUGAACUUGAACCCAGAAAGACGAUCGUUCGCGGCAGCUUCAUCGGCCAUGGUGACUACAUCAGUCAGGUCAUCGCCGACAUGGGCCGCGUGUCCGUCACCAGCUCCAACUCUCUGCGCCGCAGCAGCCCGUCGGCACGGAAACGGGCCCAGUCUAUGGGCAGGCUGGGGGAAGUGGUGGAGGACGAGUCGUACCACUACGAGAAGAUCAACCAUCGCGGUGAGAGCGUGAAGGCCGGCAGGAGCUCCACCUACUGGCAGGACCGCAUCAGACAGGUGCGCAGUGAAAGCGGCAGCCCCAAGAUCAACAGAGACCUUCCGAGGACCAAGUCUAGCUCCCAGGUGGGCUCUCCAACUGAGGCCACACCCCUCACACCCAGGACACCUCUGAGGACAGGUGAUGUGAGUGAACAAUGCGUCCGCAAUGAGAAGGCGGGACAAAGACAGAGACCAAAUUCCUGUCUGUACAACUUACAGACUGCAGAGACCAGCAGGUUUCAACUAAGACUUAGACCAGGUGUGAACCACCUGCCUGACCUGCUGGCAUCUUCCAGAGACACUCCCAGAAGGCCACAGUCCUCUUAUGACCUCAGGAUGCCCUCCUCACGCCCUCUGUUACCCCCACCCAACAGCACCAGCAGCCCCAUCAUCACAGGGAGAGGGUUACAACUCUCGCCCCGUCCUGCCUCCACCUACAGCAUUCCUACAAGAACUGUAAGCACGCCAACCCCUCGCAGCCCCUCGCAGUCCCACCCCUCCCCCGGGAGUCCCCUGGCUUUUCUGCCCUUAACUCCCACCAAGACCCCACCCAACGGAGGCCCUCAGAAAGUGACUCAUGAGCAGUUCAAGGCAGCACUGCAAAUGGUUGUGGACCCAGGAGACCCCAGGAUGACUCUGGAGAACUUUGUGAAAAUCGGGGAGGGGUCCACAGGUGUGGUGUGCAUUGCCCGAGAAAGGCACACCGGGCGUCAGGUAGCGGUGAAGAUGAUGGAUCUGAGGAAGCAGCAGCGCAGAGAAUUGCUCUUUAAUGAGGUGGUGAUCAUGAGGGACUACCAGCACUUGAACGUUGUGGAAAUGUUCCGCAGCGCGUUGGUGGAGGAUGAGCUGUGGGUCAUCAUGGAGUACCUGCAGGGCGGCGCUCUGACCCACAUCAUUGGUGAAACCAGGUUGAACGAGGAGCAGAUAGCGACGGUGUGUGAGGGCGUUCUGCAGGCCCUAACCUACCUCCACUCUCAAGGUGUCAUCCACAGAGACAUCAAGAGCGACUCCAUCCUUCUUACGCUGGACGGAAGGAUUAAGCUGUCAGACUUUGGUUUCUGCGCUCAGAUCAACAAAGAGGUACCAAAGAGGAAGUCUUUGGUUGGGACUCCAUACUGGAUGGCUCCUGAAGUUAUCUCCAAAAUGCCAUACGGCACCGAGGUGGACAUUUGGUCCAUGGGCGUCAUGGUGGUGGAGAUGGUGGAUGGUGAACCCCCAUAUUUUAACGAAACACCCAUCAGCGCCAUGAAGAAGCUGAGAGAUGAAGCAGAGCCAAGUGUCAAGAACAUUCAGAGGGUGUCUCCGGUGUUGAAGGACUUCCUGAGCUGCAUGUUGACUCGUGACACGCAGCAGCGCAGUAGUGCCAGUGAUCUACUGGAGCAUCCGUUCCUGCUACAGGCCGGUCCACCACGCUGCCUGGUACCACUGGUGGAGCAGUACCGCAAGCGCAUGUCGCUCUGCUGAUGGGCUCUGACCCACUUGGAAUCAUACCAGAGAUUCAUCCUGGAAUCAUACGUGAACAUUUCCUAUGUACUCGAGACCUGAGGCUCACCUGAUAUCAUUUGAGUUACCUGUGACCAGGCUUGAGACCAAACUGGGAUUACUUGGUAUAUCUAAAAAUAACCUGGGAUUAUACUUCAGACUUUUUUAGGUUGAUUUACCAGGGCUGAUACCUGAGCAUGUGCUCAAGACUCAUUUCAUUAAAAAAACCUCAGACUCACCUGAGUUCAUACUCGAGAUUCCUGCCCAGGUUCCUGAAAUCGUGCCUCUUUUUGGGAUCAAGUUCAUACUUGAAAUGCAAGUACCAUUAUGUCUUGAAUUCAGCUGGCAUCCUCUGUUGGACUCACCUGGAAUUAAGCCCACGACAACACCUGAAACUCAAGGGAGAAAAUUCAUGUGAUUUACCAGAGAUGAUACCUGAGAUGUUUAAGACAUGUUUAAAUGUACACAAGAAUUACCUGUGUUUAUCCUUGGGACACACCUGUGGGCCUCCCUGAGAUCACACCUGAGAGUCAUCCAAGAUUGUACCUU